AUGUCAGCCGCCAGACACGAUGAGAUCCCGGAAUCGGAACUAAGCGAGAUAUACGCCUUUGCUAUUCAGCUUGGCAAAGAUGCUGGAACGAUAUUACUCGAGAGUCUACAUGAGCGACGUCGAGAUGAUGUGGAUGGAGAGAAGCAAGAAAUUGUCGAGGAGUUGGUGAUGGAAGAGAAGAUGAAUGCCGUUGAUAUUGUGACCAAAACUGAUAAUGAAGUCGAGGAAUUCAUACACGCCUCCAUCCAGAAGCGAUAUCCUUCACAUGCAUUCAUCGGAGAAGAGACUUACUCCAAGGGAGCAUCGAAGGAUUAUCUUGUCAAGAACGAACCGACCUGGAUUGUUGAUCCACUCGACGGGACCGUCAAUUUCACGCAUUCUUUCGUCAUGUUCUGUGUCAGUAUUGCGUUGGUAGUCAACCAGAAGCCAGUCGUUGGAGUGGUAUAUGCGCCGUUACUCAACCAACUAUUCUCUGCCUGCAAGGGCAAAGGAGCAUGGUUGAAUGAAGCGACGAAACUGCCACUCCUUGGGAGUGUCGGGGUUGGACCGAUCCCCAAAAAUGCACCCUCGAAAUGUGUCUUUUCAUGUGAAUGGGGCAAGGACCGUAGAGAUAGACCGGAUGGCAAUCUCCAUCGGAAAGUGGACAGUUUUCUGAACAUGGCUGCUGAAGUGGGGGGCCGUGAUGGGAAAGGAGGGAUGGUUCAUGGAGUGAGAAGUCUUGGAAGUGCCACUCUAGACCUAGCAUAUGUGGCCAUGGGGGCAUUUGAUAUCUGGUGGGAAGGUGGUUGUUGGGAAUGGGAUGUAGCUGCAGGGAUUUGUUUGUUGCAAGAAGCUGGAGGCUUAAUCACCACUGCCAAUCCGCCAGAGGAUAUUCAAACGUCCAAGAUUGAAGAUGCCAAUCUGGGCGGUCGGCUUUAUCUCGCUAUCAGACCUGCAAGUGGUACUCUGGAGGAGACCGGAAGACAAGGCCAGGAACGACUAGUCAGAGAAGUCUGGCGAAGGGUUCGCACAUUGGAUUAUACCAGACCGGGGGUUAAGGCUUAG